GGGAAAACAACCCCAGAACCGUUAUAACGCCCAACGGCCACAGCCAGCGCUUCAUCUGCAAUCUCUGACUAUCCCGGCUGUGGCCAGGAUUCGUUUCCCGAGAUGUGGUUUGAAAUUCUGCCCGGACUGGCCAUUAUGGGAGGUUGCCUGAUGAUCCCGGGGAUUAGCACCAUGAUCAUCCAUAAGUACUGCAAUGGGGGCAAGGAGAAGAGAAUUGCCCGCAAUCAUUACCAGUGGAGUGUAAUGGAAAGGGACAGGCGGCUCUCCGGAACUAAUCGUUAUUAUGAAACGAAGGGGUUGGAGAACAUCAAGGAGGAAUAACUGGCCCCUUGAUGCCUACCAUCCUGACUGUGAAAAGGUUAUACGAUAUUGUGAAUGGGGCACAUUAAAGACAAACUUUAAAAAAUUA